GAGAGAGAGAGAGAGAGAGAGAGAGAGAGAGAGAAACUCCAAAUCCUCUUUAUAUAUAACACCCACCACACAAACCUAAAACCUCUCCCACCCCUAGCUAGCUAGCCACAUCGAAAAAUAACUGCUGCUGCUGCUGCAACAAACCCUAGCUAGCUAGCUAGCUAGCUCCAACGAAUAACAAGCACAAAUUAUAUGGAUCAGACCCACACAUCUCCGACCCACUCAUCAUCCUACUUCCCCUCCUGCAUGGCGUCGCCGCCGUCGUGGCUCGUGCUGCACCGCCCGUCGAACCCCUCGCGCUUCCACCUCCUCGCCCGCGGCGACGCUGCUCAGCGGCAGCAGCGGAGCGCGCCGUCGUGGCGGAGGCUCCUGGACAGGUUGGUGAGGGAGGGGAAGAAGGGCGUGUGCAGGAGCAUGCGCACGUCCAAGCCCCUCAUCACCUUCGGAUACGACGCCGCCAGCUACGCCAAGAACUUCGACGACAGCUGCCUCGCCGACGGCUCCCGCAGGUUCCGCCCGGAGGACGUCGCCGGAGCAUGUUAGAUUAAGAGAUUUGUAUUUAUCGCAGGCUUUUCUUUUUUUUUCUUUCUUUUUUUUUUUUGCGAAAAUACCCGCUAGCUAGUUUUGCGAAAUCGCAAGUAUAUAUGCUGGAGAUCUGAAUGAGAGAUUUGCGGAGAGUAAAAGCAAGGGGGUUAGUUUUUUGCAAAAAUGUCAUCUUUGUCACUACCUUUGGAACAUGCUCAGCUUCAAAAUGUACAGUAUUAAAUAGUAUAAUAAUUUUGGAGACA